AGAUAGGGAUUAAUAUUUCACACUGCUCUUGUAGUCUUACCAACUCCACAACAGAUUGUGGUUAAAAAAUACUAACUACAGUAAAAAUGUUGAAACAUUUCGCCAUUUCGGUUCUCCUGCUUUGUAUUUUCUAGUAGCACAACAAUCAGGCAUCGGAAAACUGAGCAUGGCUUCAAGCUCAGACGACGACUUCAUCACCGUCGUAUGCACAAACCCCAAAGCGGUCACCACCACCGCCGCGGAGAGAGAAGUUCUUAUCUCAGUCUCAGAUAUCCAAAGCUGGGAUUUGCCAGCAAUUCUCUGUUGCCAAACACUCAAAGUUAAAGCUCAUCGGAACAGGCUUAUCCAGCACUCCUCUUAUUUCCAUGGACUCCUAACCGGCAGCUUCAGCGAAUCGGGCCUGGACUGUAUAGCAAUUGAGUGGAACCUGGAAACGUUUGUAGAUGUUCUGAAUUGUAUAUACGGCUGCCCGUUGGAUGUUACAUUUGAUAAUUUUCUCCCUCUUAUUGAGGGUGCACUUUACUUUGGAGUGGAGAUGCUGCUCACAAAAUGUAAAACUUGGUUUUCUGAGGUGGCAUCAUCGGAGGUGCCACCACAAAUGCAAUUGGAUGAUUUGAUUUAUAUUUGGAGCUUUGGUUUAGAGCACGCCUGUGAUUUUCUUCCAGAAUUGUGUGCGAGCUAUCUUGCGAGAAAUUUUAUGUGGGCCAUAUCUGUGAAUUGUUUUGUAGAUAUUCCAUACGAAUUAUUAUUAUCUUGUGUGAAGAACAUAAAUUUGACAGUGGAUAGUGAAAUGCAUCUUGCUGAUGCACUUUUAAUUUGGCUUGAUGCUAACACAGCGAGGAUGGAAGGUUUGAAUGUAAAUGGAGGUGACUGCACUGGCAUUUUGAAACAGAUCCGUACAACUCUUUUGCCGUUGAGGUUUGCUGCAGAGAAAAGAAGUUCUUGUCAUUUUUCUAAGUUUGCUGAUGAGAGCAUUAAUUCAAUUUUUAGACUACUGAAAAUUCCAUCCUCUGGCUCAAUACAUGCCUUAGGAGAUGGUCACUUGCAUGAUUUAAGGAUUCGGCUGACAAAGUUUUCUAAGAAAGUAAAGCUUUCAGGUUGCCCACAGAUAACAUCAGUAAUGUUACUUUUGUCUGUGCUUCCUUCAUCACACAAUAUUGGAUCCACAUUAAGAAUUAUUGAACAGUUACCAAUUAAGCUUGAACGUCUUGACAGAGAUCAGUGUUCAUUAUUACUGAGAUCCCUGCCAACUCUGUCUUUUGACGCAAUACAAGAAGUGGAUAUUUCCAAGUGUCCGAGACUACACCUUGAAACUGCUAUUGAGUGCUUCUGCACAUCAUUUCCAUCUUUAAGGACUCUAAAGGCAGCUUUUCUUCUGAACUUCAACAUAAAAACUCUCUAUCACCUGGUUUGGAAAUGCCCUAUGGUCUAUGAAGUUGACUUAACUACUGACACUAGUCCAAUUAUAACAUCACAAGUGUGCACUUUAUCCUCAAGUCCAGCCACAACACCACAAAGAUCAAAUUUGUCCUUAAAUGUUGGGGAAAGUCCUCUCUAUAUGAAUCCCUUUCACAAGUCUGGAUUAUCAUUAGCAAAGCUCACACUGGAGGGGAGAAGCGAUCUCUUUGAUUCUGAUCUCCAGUAUAUCUCCGAAUUCUUAGUCUCCUUACAAUACCUCAACCUUAGAGGGUGUAUUUCAUUAACUGAUGUCGGCAUAGCAAGUCUUCUUCUCAAAUGUCCCAAGCUACAUUCAGUUUUAGUUUGCGAUACUUCUUUUGGGAUAAAUUCGGUACUAGCUCUUUGUUCUAGCCCUUCAGAUUAUAUUGCUGGCCAACAUAUAGAAAAUAAGCAUUUGGAUCCCCUGGCAUUUAAUCUUCAGGCACUUCAUAUGGGUGGCUGCAAGUGUGUUGAAGAAGAAUCUCUUCUAAAGAUUAUGUCUCAAAUGCAAAAGCUGAAGACUCUCUGCUUGCGCGAUACCAACCUAGAUGAUAGUGCUCUAUGUAGGUUUGGAGGUUCAUCCUUGGAGAUGCUUGACGUUUCUAAUACUAGGGUUUCGCAAGCUGCUUUAGCUCAUCUUGUUGGUAGAAAUCCAGGUUUGAAGUGUUUGAAACUGAGAGGCUGUAGAAAUUUGUCUCAACAAGAAUGUGACACUCAAAAUGGAGAAUUUUCUUCAGCCUAUUCCUGCAGAGAACUACAUAAUACAAUUGGAAGAACUCUUAUGUUGGAAGAAAUAACACUUGGAUGGGGAUUUUCUUAUUUCUCUUUGGAAGCACUGAAACCUGCAAUCUCAUCACUGAGGAAAAUAACAGUGGGCUUAGGUGGAUCAUUAGGUGAAGACACACUGGGAAGACUACCAAAUAUUUGUCCUAUGCUUGAGUCUAUUGUUCUUUACUUUCAGGUGUUAUCUGAUAGCAUCAUUAUGAAAAUUAUGGCAAACCUGAAGAACUUGCUAGUAUUGGCUUUGUGUUACUGUCUUGGUGAUAUUUCUAUUGUAAGCUUGAAGUUUUGUAUCCCAAACCUGAGGAAGUUGAAGCUUGAGAGGGUGACCCCUUGGAUGACGAACAAUGAUUUGGUUAUUCUUACUAAAAGCUGUGUGAAUCUAAUUGAGCUUUCAUUGCUAGGGUGCACACUUCUCAAUUCAGAGUCUCAACAAAUAAUCUCACAUGGAUGGCCAGGCUUGGUUUCUAUUCAUCUCGAGGAAUGUGGAGAAAUGACAACUAAAGGGGUUUCUUUUCUUCUUGACUGUAAAGCUCUUGAAGAUCUCUUGCUGCGUCAUAAUGGUCCUGGGAUAAAGAGAAGCUUUAUUUCCGAUGCUGCUUCAAAGUUGCCACUGCUUAGGAAGGUAUCAUUAGAUUUGUGUGAUGCAAGUGAAGGUGAAUUUGAUAUUCCUGAUUAUGCUGACAGAUAUUUUCUAAGUACUGUGAAGAUCGCUAGAUGCAAGUCUCAGAGGUACGGUCUGGAGGUUCAGUUUGUCGAGGCUCGUAGGAGGCCUGUGCACAAAGAAACACUUGUGCUGGUGUGGAACAGCAAAACUAUCAUUAGAACAGUGGUGAAGGAAAGACUAAUGCUCUAAGGUCGGGGGAUGUUAAAGUGGUGAACCAACUGCCUUAUUAUGCAUUUAUGCUGUACAAUUUACUUUGUUUAGGUAGAUUAAAGUGUAUUAUGCAAUUAUACACAAAAGGUUAUGUUUGUGUGUAUGUGAUGAAAUUUGGUGAACAUAAUUGCCAGGAAGUGAGAAUUGAAUUUUGUGUUAAAUCUUUGGAUUUUUAA